GUGUACGAAUACAAUAGCAAAAGCACAAAAAUAUUACUGUAUUAGGAUUAUGGAGAAUAAAACUAGAGUCAGAUAUAUAAAAGUCUAAAAAUCAGAAAAUAUGACAGGCAAAAUGUGUACGCUCCAUCAAACACAUACGGCUCCUAACAAUUAGCACCAAAAUACAUUGUCAAUGGCAUCAAUCCUCUCCUUUAUAGAAAUAGCCACUUCCAUGUCCCAACUCCACCAAGCUCACGCUUUCAUGCUCAAAACUGGCCAUUUCCGCAACUCUUUUGCUGCUAGCCGCCUUUUAACUAAAGCCACUAUUCUUCCCAUUUCUUCACCUGAUACCCUUUCAUAUGCACUCUCUGUUUUCACUCACAUUGAAGAACCCAACUCAUAUAUCUACAACACUAUAAUUCGUGCUUACUCCAAUAGCCCCUUUCCACAACUAGCACUUAUUAUAUUUCUAAAAAUGCUAAACUCUGUAAAUAAAGUUUUCCCCGAUAAGUACACUUUUACAUUCAUUGUAAAAGCUUGUGUUACUAUGGGAAAUGUUAAACAAGGUGAACAAGUUCAUGGGUUGGUGAAAAAAGUUGGACUUGAGGAAGAUGUGUAUGUGUAUAAUACAUUGAUUCAUAUGUAUGCGAAAUGUGGGUGUUUUGGUGUUUCGCGUGGUAUGAUUGAUUGUUUGGUUGAAGAUGAUGCUAUAGCGUGGAAUGCGUUGCUGAGUGUGUAUGUUGAAAGGGGUUUGUUUGAAUUGGCACGAGAGUUGUUCGAUGAAAUGCCUGUGAGAAAUGUGGAAUCUUGGAACUUUAUGGUUUCUGGGUAUGUGAAUGUUGGGUUGGUGGAUGAAGCAAGGAAGGUGUUUGAUGAGAUGUUGGUGAAAGAUGUUGUUUCUUGGAAUGUUAUGAUUACUGGGUAUACUAAGGCUGAUAAAUUUGAGGAAGUUUUGUCUCUUUUUGAGGAUAUGUUGAGAGCUAAAGUGAAGCCUGAUGAUUGUACGCUUGUGAAUGUGUUGUCGGCUUGUGCUGGUGUUGGAUCUCUAAGUCAGGGAAAGUGGGUUCAUGCGUUUAUCGAGAGGAAUGGGAUUGAGGUUCAUGAUUUUCUCGCUACCGCUCUUGUGGAUAUGUAUUGCAAAUGUGGAUGUAUUGAGAAAGGUUUGGAGGUGUUUAAUGGUACUUUGAUAAAAGAUAUUAGUACUUGGAAUGCAAUGAUUGCAGGGUUAAGCAACCAUGGGUAUUUGGAUGAUGCAUUAAAGACUUUCGAUGAGCUUCUUGCUGAUGGUAUCAAGCCCAAUGAGGUCACUUUUGUAAGCGUUUUGUCUACUUGCAGUCAAGGGGGCUUAUUAAAUGAGGGCCGCAGGAUGUUUGAUCUCAUGAUUAAUGAGUAUAAAAUUCAGCCUACGCUCGUGCAUUAUGGUUGUAUGGUUGAUUUGCUUGGGCGGUUUGGAUUAUUAGAGGAGGCUGAAGAACUCUUAAGCAAAUUGCCGGUGAAAGAAGCUCACGCUAUCUGGGAGUCCCUCUUGGGUGCUUCCAGAAGCCACAAUAAUGUAGAAUUGGCAGAACGCAUCGCUACCAAACUUUUAGAGCUUGAUCCUCGAGACAGUGCUGGUUAUGUUCAACUAGCAAAUGUCCUUGCAUCUAUGGGGAGAUGGGAUGAUGUUAGGGAAGUGCGGAGAAAGAUGAGGAGUGAAGGGGUAACUAAAGAGCCUGGUUGUAGCAUGAUUGAAGUAGAUGGAGUUGUUCACGAGUUCUUGGCUGGUGAAGGCAUAAUACUGUAACAAGGACAAAAGACUUCUUGUACAAGGCCAACAAUGUAAAUUAGUAAUGGCUCUACAUGCACUGCAUCUAGGCUUCAGAGGAAGCUGAAUUUUCCAUUUGUCACAAGUGCUUGUUAUUACUGUGGUACUAUUUUGCUGGCCUGCUUCUACUACAGCCUGCAACUGAUUCCCUUAAAACUCUUGUAUUUUUCUGGCUGCCAGAUGGAAAUUAUGGUAUGUAGACUUACUUGAGUUGUAGCAAGACCUUAGGAAUCAUAUAUGAUGCAAACUGUUGAAAUGGGUGGAGUUUGUCUUCUUUAUGCAGACCAAAACUGUUGCUCAUGUUGAUAGAAAUAGCUCUCUUGAUAAGAGAAGCAAACAGUUUGUUGUAAACUAUAACAAGCACCUAUCCUAAACUUGUGCUAGAGCCUAGAAGCAGCAAUAAAAUCUGUGUUGUAAUCUCGGAACUAAAUUUAUUAUUCCUUUGCAAGAAUUUUCCUGCUCAUAAUUUACACUGCAAUUCUUAUCAUUCAGGUA